GCUGAUGAAGGGAGGAGAGCAUAGGCUACUUCCGACGUAGAGAGAGCAAGCGCACAGACGUGCUACUGCCACUGCCACACUCACACACAGCGACACUGAGGAAGGAUGCGUCCGAGCCACACAUUCACUCCUGCUGCGAUAUGAACGGGAUAUGUUCUGAUCUUCUCUGCCUCUAAUAAGGAUUAUAAAAAGUUUARCUAUUUAUUGGUUUUAUUUCGAACUGUGGUGCUAUAGAAUGACAUGUUACUUUGAUUAGAUUUUUUAUUCCCAAAUAACAAAUGUAGGCUGUUUUUCUUCCAUUUCAAUGAGAAUUGGGUCAUGAUCACAUCGCCCGCAUUUUCUGUCCUGAGAAAUAGUAUCGCGAUUCCGGUGUGGGAGAACAGUUAUUCAGGGGAGAAGGGCGCACCGAGAAUAAACAAUCAAUUUCUUCACCUCGUCUCUCCGUCAAACCCUUUACGGCAGGCUAAUCGUAUACCCAUAAAGAUUUUGAAAAUGCUUACCGCACGGGGAGGACACAUUUUGCACCCGGAGUACCUUCAACCUUUGCCAUCAACUCCUAUCAGUCCCAUCGAGCUGGAUGCCAAGAAAAGUCCGUUGGCUCUCUUGGCACAGACCUGCUCACAAAUCGGAAAACCAGACCCUCCGUCCUCUUCCAAACUCUCAUCUGUAACCUCAAAUGGAUCUAGUGACAAAGAGACCAAAUCCGGACCACUAAAAAUGAGUGACAUUGGAAAUGAAGACAAAUCUAGCUUCAAACCCUACUCCAAAUCAUCGGAGAAGAACAAGGACUCCUCGUCCAGCAGUGGUAGUCUGAGUGGAGAUAAAGCUAGUUUCCGAGUGCCUAGCGCCACCUGCCAGCCGUUUACCCCCAGGACAGGCAGCCCCAGCUCCUGCCACUCUGUGUCUCCGCUGCCAUCUGAGGGUAAGCAGGGAGACAAGGAGGAAAAGAAUAAGGAAUCUGAUAGCAAUAAAAACAGUACAAUGGAGGGAAACGGCAGUGGUAGUCACAGCCGGAUAUCUGGGAUUAACGGUGAGGCUAACCAACACCAGGAGACCACCUCUGGAUCAAAGGCUAUCACAUCAGACUCACUCACAUCUGUCUCCUCUGCAUCAUCUGUUCAACUUCUGGGUUCAGGAGGACUCGUAGCGCCAGUCUCCCCCUAUAAACCUGGGCACACCGUUUUCCCUCUACCGCCUGCUGGCAUGUCCUACCCUGGAAGUUUAGCAGGUGCAUACGCAGGCUAUCCCCAACACUUUCUCCCUCACGGAAUGACUUUAGACCCGACGAAAUCUAGCAGUCAACUACUCAGUGCUCAGUUUGCCGCUGCCAGCCAACUUCAGUGCAAUAAGGCUGGGAGCCCCUUGUCCAGGGCUUCUCCUCCGUCCCUAAUGUCUGCUAGCCUGUGUAGAGACCCGUACUGCCUGAGUUACCACUGCGCAAGCCACUUAUCCGGUGCUUCCAGUGCCUCGCAGUGCCAUGAGUCCUCGGCUCUGAAGUCAGGAUACCCUCUCAUGUACCCAACUCACCCUUUGCACGGCGUGCAUUCCUCGCCGCCAUCUUUUGCUGGACACCCGUUAUACCCCUAUGGCUUUAUGCUCCCAAAUGACCCUCUGCCACACGUCUGUAAUUGGGUGUCGGCUAACGGACCUUGCGACAAACGGUUUUCUUGCUCAGAAGAGCUCCUCAAUCACCUAAGGACUCACACUGCUUUUGCGGGGACGGAGAAGUUGAUAUCAGGAUACCCGGGUUCAUCAUCGCUAGCCAACGCUGCGGCGGCCGCCAUGGCCUGCCAUAUGCACAUGCCUCCAAAUGCUGCCCCGGGCAGCCCUGGAACGCUCACCCUCAGGAGCCCGCAUCACCCUCUGGGAUUGAGCACGCGCUAUCACCCCUAUUCAAAGAGCCCCCUGCCCCCCGGCGCUUCGGUUCAGAUGCCCGCUGCCACAGGUCCAUAUUAUUCUCCCUAUGCCUUGUAUGGACAGAGACUCACCACCGCAUCGGCGUUAGGAUACCAGUAGAAGAUACAGACAGACACAUAAUAACUAUACAUUUAUAAGGAGAUUUUAGGCCUAAAUGACUUUUAUAUUGGUUGUAUUUCAUGCAGGACGGGAUCCGUGGGCUCAGUGUAUUUAUUUGCGAUAGCUCCAAGCGUGACAAAAAUAAUAAAUAAUUAUAAUAUUAUUUGUAAGAGGCUCAAGGUGCAUUCUUUUUUACAAUUAAGAUAUAGGCUAUAUUGGAUGGUGCCAUUUUAGAUGUUACAUUGAAAUUACAAGGCUGUUUAUGUUGCUUUUAAAAUGCUCAUUGUGAGAGUUUAAUGUUUCCUACAUACAAAAGGCCUAUUCGUUCUAUUUUUCAUUGGGAAGCCGUAGCCUAUUUUGAAGUCUGGUGGGCCUAUGUAGGUCUACGGGCUACCGCACAUCGCAAAUAACUUUUCAACUUUGGCCUAAACCUUAGAAUGACAUGUUUAGUUCAUCUUGUUGGAAAAUUGGGCUCUCUCAUAUUUCUUCAUACAUUUAAUUAUUAAUUCGACAAGCUAAAUUAAGGUUUAUGAAUCUGGUAGGUUGUUUAUGGAAUAAAUAAUUCGACAUACAGUAUUAAUUUACACUUGAAUAUGUGAGACAUGAGCAUAAUUGGUCUGUUAAAGAAUCGACGCCAUUUAAUUUGUUGAAUGGCAUUUAAGAUCUGUGUAGGCUAUUUUCAUUUGAAGUCUGUGCCGUAUACACUUGAGUAACAUUUUAAUCACAUUUUAUUCACAUUUCGAUACCUUUAAGACUGCAAAAUAUAUUUGUUAAACUUUUUAAAUAGCUAAGCCAAAUUGCAGCCUACUGUCAUCUGACACAGAUGUAUUUCGCCACCCGAUUAGCAUUAGAGUAAUUUAUCGUUGGAGUAAUUUAGGCAGUAAUAAUCUAACUCUGAUAUUCAUUCAGUAAUAAUCUAACUCUGAUAUUCAUUUGAACACGCCAUUAUCAAAUUCAGCACUGUUUUUCACAGAUCAUAUUUUCCCUACCUUCGAACGAAUGAUGGUGUGUCUGAUUACAUUAGAAUAAGGAAGUUAUCCGCUUGUGCAGUUAUAAAACAUGCAAUAUCAGCAGCACAUUGGGAAAUAAUAUUACAUCUAAAAAGUGACAACCCAAACAACAUUAAUUAUUGUUUUGCGUCUUGUUCUCAGAUAAAAUGUGCCCUAUUUGUCUGAGCAGAGAGUUUAUCAUAAAGGAGAAGAGGUUAUGGGAUACAGCUAUACAUUUGUCUGAGCAGAGAGUUUAUCAUAAAGGAGAAGAGGUUUAAUGGGAUACAGCUAUACACUUUGUCUUGAGCAGAGAGUUUAUCAUAAAGGAGAAGAGGUUAUGGGAUACAGCUAUACAUUUGUCUGAGCAGAGAGUUUAUCAUAAAGGAGAUGAGGUUAUGGGAUACAGCUAUAUAUUUGCUAUAAAACAAUUAGGCCUAUAAUUUGGGGUGAAAUAUUUCGGUUAUUGUGUAGGUUCUAGGGUUUAAUAGCCUACGUCUUGCUCUGCAUAUGGACUAUUUCACUGACUAGAUCAACUCAUUUCUCGUGGAGUCAUAACUCUUUUUUAUUUACUUUAAAUGCUAUGUUUUAGGUUAGCUAUAUUGUAUUGCGUUUAAACGUUAGGUCUGUAUUUCAUCAGCUUGUUGUAAAGAAAACCAAACGCGUUCUGGAAGAUAUGUUGCUGCAUUGCUCCAUACCAUAUGUCAAGACAGCACACGUUUAUAUUUUCAACCUACAGUUAUUAAAUGUCAAUCAAAUGAUUGAGAAUACAACAUCUUAAAUCAGAUGGACCACUCCAUAAAUACGCAAGUAUUUUCGAUACAAUCCUUGCACAGAUUAAAUACCUGAGGCACACAAGAUUACAUAAUAAACCAAAAUGAGCGGUAUUAAAUAUUGUAUUUAAUUCUCAUAUCAUACACAUCAAUAAGUCACAUCAAGAGUAGGCCUAUACUGGGUUGAGAGGAUUUUUUGUAUAUUACAUAACACACUGGGAGGGAAGAGGUUCCACUUGUUUGAUGAUUCUAUAAUGUGGAAAACAAAAACCUCUCCAUCAUGCUCCUGAAGAAACGGACGGCUCCGCUGCUGAAGCCUCGUUAUGCACAGUAGGCCUAUACACACGCACACAUCAGGCAACAAGGCAGUACACCUACUUCCACUUGUAUGAUGCAUCAGGGAACAUUACAACUGUUAUAUAUAAUUGUGUGUGUCAAUAUAAACACAUACAUUAAAUCUCUUGCAACAUUGCAUUCCUUCAUUUAAACAUUGCCAAAUUAUGAGAUAAUGGAUUACACCAUAUUGUAUUAUGAAAGAACAAAAUGGCAAGGUGAAAUAAAUGGCAGCUGUGCUAGACAAUGAUUUAUGAUGUCACCCAAUAUGGGACAUUUCUACAGCUUUUAUGAUUGCAGUAAUGAAGGUGUGUAAAGCAGAUAGCAUGAAAUGAACCACAUCUACAGAAUCAAGCAAACAAUGUCAUUACCAUCCCAAAGUAAAUCACAGCUAUUCCCAAGAGAUAAAAUCAACAUCAUUAAUGGUCACAUGUCAUAUUCAUAAAAUCGACGGCAUCUUUUCAACAGAUUCAUUCUUUACGAUCGCUCUCUCCCAUGAUGUAUGUUAAUGACGCUUCUAGUCCACAACUCACCAUCCCAACCAGACUGUUCUGACGAUAUGCGGGGCCUCAUACAAAUGGCACAUCAAUGUGAUAUGGAGAAAACAUUUUUUUUACAUUAUGUCACUCGUGUUGAUCAUGUAUCUUUACACGUUUUGGGGACUUCCUGGCUUUCGGGACUUCCUGGUUUUGGUGACGUUUUGAGGUUGAACUAUAUGAUUGGAGAAGCAGUUCCAAGAGCCAUAACAUAUACAAAUACAGAAAUUAACAUAUAUACAUAAACUGUGCAAAAGAAAAACUGAUUUAUAUAUAUAUAAUAUGUCUGUCCUGAGCAAAGUAAAGGGUCUGGUCCAGAGACUCAGGGAUAACCCUGAACAUCUCUGCUCAAUACAUUGGGGGAAUCUCAAUUGCAUACCCCUCUUGUCUUCUCUCCUUGCCUCAUCAAAACCCAUUGGAUGAGAAAGCCAGAGGUCCCUCUCCUCUGACCUUCUCCUCCAAUGGGUUUUGAGAAGGAGGCGAGGAGAGAGGACACGAGGAGUAUGCAGUUGCGAUUCUCCCAUAGUCUUCCCCUUAGAGUGUACUGAAUGACCUUUCCUCACCUCCACUCUUUUCUCUCACAUCCCAUCCUACCUACCAUUGGGUCAUGGUCCUCUCAAUCACACUGAAAUGACAGAACCUGCUUUUCCACAUGUUCUCAAGUGAAAUAUAGUCUGUACAUGAGAGACUAGAUGGUUUCCUGCCUUGCUUAAUCACUCUCCAACCUACCACCUGUUUUGCUUUGAACUUCAAUGCUAGGAAGAUUUCUGUCCCGUUUUGCCUUUUGGCCCAGAAAACAUAGCAGUGUACCAUGACGGGUCACAGACAAAUGCUGACAUUAAGACUGGUGUAUGUAAGGGCCAGACCAGGCCGGGCUGUAUGCUAUGGGCAUGCCCAUCAUUUGUGCUGCACAGCUGCACACCAUGUGGUUGUGGGUGUGUAGUGUAGUCAAUGUCUGUUAGAUGUUAUUGUUGAAGGCAUUGGGACGUCAUAAACACAACUAAGGUAAUGCCGUUUGAAAGGCUCUGGUGACACCUUAAACAGUUUGAUGAAAAGAUUUCAUUCUGGCUGCGUCCCAAAUGGCACCCUAUUCCUUUUAUAGUGCACUAUAAAGGGACUAGGGUGCCAUUUAGGAAGCAUUCCUGUUUUUUUUAAUGUUGUUGGGUUUUUUUAUCGGGGGGGAUAGGGUACUUGCUGUGAGAUUCAUGGGAUCAUUCAUGAUAUCAUUCAUGAUAUCAUUCAUGGUAUCAUUCAUCGGAUCAUUCAUGUAUGAAGCUACAUUCUGCUGUUAUCCACAAAUGCUUUAAGUAACCUGUCUAAUAAAAAUAAUGAUUGAAACUUCCAAUACAA